ACAUGCCGCAUACCGGAGCGCAGAUGCGUUUUUUUGGCAGCAAAAUCCAACAUACACACCUGCCCUCCAGGAAUGGAGAGUUGUUAGCAUGGACCUAUUUCAGUUAAGAUAGCCUCAUCCCAAACCCCUUGGACUGAGUUGCAAAAUAUAAUUUGUUAUUGUAUUUUUAAGAAGUGAGCAAAACAAAGAGGGGGAAAAUAUGUAGGGGCAAGUUUCGAACUCUGGUCUCUUGCAUGAGAAACAGGCGCACUAACCACAACUCUAAAUGUGUAUUAACUUUCUGAAUGUGAUUCAAGCCUUGAAGUGGUACUACAGGGGAAAAUUGACGCAUGUACUCGACACACGCCUCGGUAUCAUUCGGAGUUCAGAGGUGAUGUUGUCCUGCUUACGUCAUUACAACAUGGCUGAGCUAGACGUUGGGAAACAUUGUACCAUUCAGACUUGUAAUCAAAAAGACUUUCUGCCUUUCGUCUGCAAUGCCUGCUCUGGAGUUUUCUGCAUUGAACACAGAAGUCGAGAAUCACAUUCGUGUUCUGAGGUUCCACUCAAGAAAGAAGUUCUGACGUCUGGCGGCAGUACCUCCUAUCAAUGCACGUUUGAGGACUGCAAAGGAAAGGAGCUAUUGCCAGUACUGUGUCCACACUGUCAGAACAACUUCUGCCUUGCGCAUCGGCAUCAAGAUGACCAUAAAUGUGAAAAACUGGAGACCCCGAAGCCACGCAUGGCUGCCACCCAACAACUUGUAAAAAAUAUAGUUGAGUCGAAAAAGGCAUUGCCAGCUAGUAAGGGUCGGAGGGGCGCGAAGAGCAGCGCGACUGCUGCAAAGGUCGCCCUGAUGAAACUGAAGCUGCACGCUGAUGGAGACAAGGGCCUGCCACAGACAGAGAGGACCUACUUCCAGGUGUUUCUUCCUAAAGAGGCUAAAGAUGGCAGCCUGCCCAUGUUCUUCUGCUCAAGAUGGAGCGUAGGAAAGGCGGUGGACUUUGCUGCGUCACUGGCAAAGCUAAAGAACAACAACAACAUCUUAACUGCCAAGAAGCUCAGGUUGUGCCACCCACAGACAGGAGAGGCCUUAAAGAUGGACGACACGCUGCUCUCCUGGUUGGCUCACCCAGAAAGCCCGCUGUACAACGGGGGGAACAUCAUUCUGGAGUAUUUGGACAAUGACUGCACAGAGCUGGAUGAUGUCACAGCCUACCUCCCUCAGUCCUGAUACGAACGCUAUUUCUGCAUCGCCACAGUGUGUUUGUUUUUCAUUUCACGUCAUUAAAAUGAAUGUUAAUUCAUCCAGUCAUGGCUGAAUUUAUUUAAUAUAUGUGUGUUGGAUAUGAUUCACCCUUCUCCAAAUUAAAUAAUUGGAAUUUUACAUGGUC